AUGGUUGCUGUGAACCGCUCUGAGGAAUGGGGUGUGAAAAAUGACCAUGGCUAUGAUUUCACUCUUCCAGCCAUGCGAACAAUAUUUUACGCAUUUGGCCCAAAUAUCGCCAAAACCACUUUGGGGCCAUUUCAGAACAUAGAAUUGUUUAAUCUGAUGGCAGGACUGCUAGGGCUGCAACACGACAUACCACCAAAUAAUGGUACACAAGGACGCUUAAACAAGGUGCUAAAAGACGUAACCGUCAAAGCACCUCAGAGGAGUGGACCAAUGAAGGCAUGCAGUGCUGAAAGGCUGGCGAAGAGUGGGGUUACGGUAUGGCCACGCCUUUCUCCUUCCCAAAGAGAACUGCUUCUCGAUGUCAAACUUACUCUCAGCAGACUGUUACAACUGCACCGGAUAAGUCGGAGAUACAAGACAUUUUCAACUUGUCUUUCCUCGAAAGACUUGGCGUGUGAAAAAGAAUGUGCGGAAGUCGUGUCAACCAGAUGUUGUCGUAUCACUCUUUUCUGGAAAUGUGGAAAUGUGCCACCUGUCAAACUGCUCCGCUGUGGAAAGGAGAAUCAAGGAGUGGCGUUGAUUGAGCGCAUCAGACCGGAAAAUCCGAACCCGAAAGAUGCACGACUGGUGUGGCGACCAAAUCAGCCUACUGGUGCUACUCCAGAUAUGAAGCAAGAGCGACUGAAACUGCAGCUACCAAAACAGACUAUUGCUACUCAAAUUAUUAGACAGGAACAACUGAAGUUACAGCCACCGAAGCAGAUUAGCGUUACUCAGAAUAUUCAUCAAGGACAACUCAAUAUGCACUUGCCAAAACUGUCCAUUGUCAGUUUGAGCUCAAAAGAUGAUGAAAGUCUAAAAGUUUAUCUUCAUUCCGAUUUUGUCAAAGGGCAUUAUAUGGAUUUAAAGAACUUAGUCUCAGAUUAUGCAAAGUUUUACGGCGAGCUACUGGUUAUGAGCGGACCAGUUUAUGAUUUCGAUAAUAAUGGAGUUGCUGAUCCAAAACAAUCGCGAAGCAACUCAGUGCCAAGUCACAUAUUCUUUGUAAUAUUCCGUUGCGAAAAAUCGGAAUGGCUUCGCGAUACAUUCCAGUGCAAGCAGCCGGAUGCGCUUCGAGCACUGUCAUUUGUUCUACCGAACGUGAAGCACGAUUACAAUUGCCUGGAGCCGAGCGUUUAUUUAACAACUAAUCUGGUUCGGCUGAGAGAUGUUGAAUUGCUAACGGGGAUAGAAUUCUUGCCGACUUUCCGGCAGUCAAAAUCGCAAGUAAAGGAAUUUUAUGAUGACGACUUCGCUCUGACGCUUAGAACGUGGAUGCCGGACAAACUAUGGGCACGCAACAAGGAUCAGACUAAACUGCUCGUUGGCAAUGGUUCUCGAGUUGUGUCGAAUCAUUUAUGA